CGUUGCCCUUGGGACGCGCAGUGCCAGUCGGGAACACCGAGUACUCGCGUUAGGACUUCAGUGUCGGAGCAACUGGUCCAUCGUGUCUUAUAAAGACCGCGAGAAUAUACACGCACGUGGUGAGGAAUGUAAUCUCCAUGAGAAUCACCGAACCUCUUCCCGUCUACGCAGCGCCAAAGAUCUCAAGAGACAUAUUAACAUCUACGUGAAAAGAGGAUACGCGCGUACCGGCAACUUCUAAGAGUAGCGUUAGAAGAGGCCACGGAGCAGGCUUCUGUAAUCGAUGGGUUGAGAACGCGAAACUCGUGCCUUCCACCUUUUUCUUUUCUUCGUUACCAAGGUGCUUAGCUUACCGAUGAGCCAUGCUGAAGGUAGUGGGCGCUUCUUGGCUGCAAACACGCAUCUCCACGUACAUUCUUGUCGCCGUUGCUCUUCUUGGCAUCGGCGCAAUCAUACUCGGUGAAUUUGGACACGUUGAGAAGGAUGGAACUUAUUCAGCAACUGUGUCGUGGAAUCGUAAGGGAGGAUACCGUAUUGACUUUUGGGGCCAAGGCAAUGAUCUUACUUCUAUUCCAUUAAAUGCCGCACGUGCAUAUUACAAAACUGGAAUUUUAGAAAAUGGGUGGUCCAUCAUUGAAAUUGAAACAUCCGUAAAAUAUCCGGAUACAGUACAAGCAUAUGCAGCAGGUCUUUUGGAGGGUAGUUUAACGUGGCAAUUGAUACAUCAUCAUUGGUACAACACUAUCAAUGUAAUAUGCGAUAAGAAUCCAGUCGAAUGCCGGAAAUUACGACAUUAUCUUCGCGAGAAUGCAGCUAUAAUACGCGAACGAGCUGAUUUGUUAGAAUCUAAGGACUCGUUUUGGCAUAUGGUACGCUUGUUUUAUGCACAAUUGGACGGUUUGGAAGAUGGUUGGCGUUUUGCAGUUCGUCGAAGUCGUCAAUCAGCGGAAUUACAAUCGGAAGAUUUUCUUUGGUUGGCAAUGGCUUCUGAUUUAUUAGAUAUCGAUUCGACAAUAAUCAAUAAUGGAUCGAAUAUAUCAAUCGGUGAAAAGGGCAUGAUUUUUCUUAAAGCACUUAACAGAGAAAAUAAGGAACCUCUGAUUGCUAUUGGGCACAAUACUGCUGCACCAUAUGCCAAAAUGUUAAGACUCUUGAAAAGAUAUAAAUUCAAUUAUCAUAUAUUGCCCACAUCAAAGAACGUAGCUCGAAUACCAAGUCGAUCGAUCAUCAUGUCCUCUUAUCCUGGAGCAUUAUCCUCGCACGAUGAGUUUUAUUUAAUGACAACUGAAAAUCGAGAAUUGAUAGUUGCUGGUAUACCAUUGUCAGUAUCGACGCGCAAUCCGUGGAACUUUGUCAAUCUGGAAGAUCAAGUAAGUUGUGUGAGAACUACUAACGUAUUUAGAAUACAUAUAUAUCAUACAUAUAUAUAUAUAUAUAUAUAUAUAUAUAUAUAUAUAUGUAUGUAUGUAUAUGUUAGCAUUAGAAAAUACACAAUUCGGUAUAUUAAUUCCAAUCAGGUAAUGUCGUCAAUCAAAAUAAUGGCAGCAAAUCGUUUGGCAACCGAUAGUAAAUCAUGGUCUAAAAUAUUGGCAUUUGAAAAUGGUGGUAAUUCGAUGCAUCAAUGGAUCACAUUUGAGCCAAGAUCCAAGAAUGUUUGGUUCAUAGAACAGUUAGGAAGUAUCACUCACGUUGCUGAUUACUCAAAAGAUUUCACCGAGACCGGCGUUCUACUUAGUAUCGGUUUACCACAUUUCCAAGAUAUAAAGAAGGCAGCUGGUCCUAUCAACGAGAAUGAUCUUAUAAUGAGGAGACAUUAUUUGAUGCGUUUGCAAGAGAACAUUACAAUCAUGGAACAUGUCAGGGAGUUCAUGCGAGGUUACAACAUCGGCCAAGAAGAGAGAUCUAUUGUAGAGAAUUCUAAUGAAAGUUUUCAUUUAAAUUUAUCACAAAUCCGAACUUACAGAGGUGACUUGGAGAAACCGCCAUUACCAUUUGGUGUCAUCGAUAAUAAAAUAAUAGCGGCUGACGUUAAUGGACUCGAGAUCUUUGAGGCAACUUCCGGUCCUGCUCGUUUCAACGAAUUAACUUCUUCAGCCUUCCAAUGGUCUCGAUCUUUUCCAAAUAUUUCACACGUCAUGGGUCAACCGGACAUCUUUGACUUCGACAGCGUUAUACCUUUGUGGGUUUGGAUUUAACGCAACGAAAAUAUGGCAAGCGAGAGAGAAAGAGAGGAAAAAUAAAGAAAGAAGGAAAUAAAGAGAGAAUGUAGAAAGAAGAAUCGGAAACUUUGCAAUCUCUCUCGUUGCUUUUAGGUAUCAAGUAAAAUUAAGUUCGUUCAAAAUAUUAGAUGUUCCUUUCUUCUUUCAUUCAUAUCCGAUUAAUCUUUUUAUCUAAUUCGUGUUUUUUUUUCUCUUUCUUUUUUUGUUUCUUCCCCGUCAAUCUACAGAUAUCUAAAUCUUCUUCCACGAACACUGCCACGAUUCAACCACGGCGAAAAUAAUAAAUUAUGUGCGUUCUUAAACAACAAUGAAUCUUCGUUAAGUAUUUAUUCUCAUGUGCUGCCCCUCUUCGUUCUUAUUGCUUUAACAUCUGGCUCAUAUGUCAGCUACCUUUGGUAAACUUUUUAAUGAAAUAAAUGAAUCAAUAAAGGAAUCAAUAAAAAAAAAAUAAAAAAACAAAAAAAAAAAAAA